CUGAAUUUUCAAGAAAAUUAAACAAAAGAUGAUGAACAACAAUUAUUCACCAAUUAGAGAAAAUACCCAAGAAGGAACAGAAAACUAUUUUUACCAAGAAGAACCUUCACUUUUUUGUGGGUGUUUCAGAUUCCCCUGUUUUCAAUCAAAAGAAGGUGAAGCAAAUUCACUGUUACAACAGCAGGGUGAAGACAGAGACUCAUGGAUGGUGACAAAGAUGAAGGAAUUAAAGGAAUAUUCAGAACUUGUAGCUGGACCAAAAUGGAAGAAUUUUGUUAGAAAAAUGGGGAAAUAUUGUAAUUCCAAGAAAUCUAAGGGACAGCAGUUUCAGUAUGAUUCUGAUAGUUAUGCAAUGAAUUUUGAUGAGGGAGUUGAAGAAAAUGAUGAUGGGCUUUUGCGUAAUUUCUCAACUCGGUUUGCAGCUCCUGCUCCCUUUUCUGUUGUUAAUAAUAAUAAUAAUAAUACACAGAGAAAUGCUGGAUUAUGAUAAUUAUUAUUAUUGGAAGAAAAAGAAAAAAUUAAGAUGUGUGUGAUUUAUGAUUUAUGUGUAAUUAGAGGGGAGAAAAUGGUGUAUGAGAUUGGUUUUAUAUAUAUUACAUUUAUUUGUUAUAUAUAGUUGUAAAAUUCUUUUGAUAUUUAUUUAUUA